AUGGAUUCCACGGAAUCCGCCGCCACGCGCGUGACCCCGGCGCGCGGGUGCGCGGCUUCGGCGUCCGCGGCGCCGCGCGCGGUGUCGGGACGGCGAUCGACGAAGAAAAUCAACAGCGCGAAACGGCGGACGCGAUCGGAGCUCGACCUCGCGCGUGGGGACUGGACCAAGCACGGGUACGCGUACGCGGACGGCGCGGCGAACACGAACGACGCGGACGCGCGAUUCACGGCGAACAUAGAACGGAUAUCGGUGAAGACGGUCACCAGGGAAGCGUUCAUCGAGCGGUUUGAGAAGACGCGGACGCCGUGCGUGAUCACGGACGCGAUGGAGGAUUGGGGGUGUUAUCGCGCGGGGUCGACGCGUCGAUGGACGAUCGACGCGCUCGCGGAGCGGUUCCGCGACGUCAAGUUCAAGGUGGGGACGGACGACGAUGGGUACCCGGUGAAGCUGAAGAUGAAGUACAUUAAGGAGUACGUGAACGAUCCGGUGCAUUUGCACGAUGAUUCUCCGAUGUACGCGUUCGAUGGAAGCGUGUUCGACAAGCCGGAGACAAAGUCGCUCUUGGAGGAUUUCUCGAUUCCCGAGUAUUUUGAAGAGGACUUAUUCAAGCACGUGGGGCGAAAGCGUCGUCCGCCGUACCGAUGGGUGGUGUUCGGACCGCCCAGGAGUGGUUCUUCGGUGCACGUCGAUCCGCUCGCGACGAGCGCGUGGAACGCGUUGAUAUCCGGACGGAAGCGCUGGGCGCUGUAUCCGCCUCGAUCGGUCACGCGAGCUCAAAUCAAACCGCGCGGUAUCGGUCUCGACGGGGAGUCCGUGACGUGGUUCAACAAGAUGUAUCCUCGCACGAGAACCGAGGAGUGGCGACGACAAGGGCUUCCGCCUCCGAUAGACGUCAUUCAGUACCCAGGGGAGAUCAUGUUCGUCCCUGACGGAUGGUGGCACGCCGUGCUGAAUCUCGACCACACCAUGGCGGUGACGCAAAAUUUUGCCACCACGGCUCGAUUCGACGCCGUCUGGCGCAUCACCCGUCGAGCUCGACCGAAGAUGUCCGCGAAAUGGCUUCAAAAGCUUCGUCUCACGAGGCCCGAUCUCGGCGAGGUGGCGGAUGCGCAGCCUCGACGAGGUCCCGAGAGCGCGGGUGAGCAAACGACGUCGACGAGCAGCUCAUCCGAGGGAUCGAGCGACACCGAGCAGGAACAGACCGAGGUGGCGAAGAAGGAGCGCGAGGUGUUUGAAAGUGCAGGAAUGACGAAGAAAACGAGAUCCAGUGACGCCAUCGUGGCCGAGCUGGCCCAGGAAAAAAUGCGAGCGGCGGCGGAGCGAGACGACGCGAUGGAGGUGUGA